AUGAUUAUAAAUUCUACAUUAAUUGAUCGUAAUAAUGAUCUGUAUUAUUAUGCUGAUAAUUUUCCAUUACCAUAUGAGGAUGAAGAGUGGAAUAUUGAUUUAACAAAUCGUACAUAUUAUGAAGAUUAUAUUUUAAAUACUAAUCAAACAUAUAAUAUAACAAAUACUGAUGUUUUAUCAUUAUCAUCAAUAUUUUCAUUUUCAAGUCCAUUUUCUUAUAUACUUUUAAUAUUAAUGGUUUAUUCGACAUUAACAAUUAUUUUACUUUCAUUAAGUUUAUAUAAACAAAGACGAACUGAAAUUGAAAAUUUUUAUUUUGGAGAUACAGAGGAAGAAAUUCAACAAGCAAAACGUGCAUUAAUUUGUAAACAAAUCUUAAUUGAAAAAAUAAGUAAAGGUGAUAUGGAACCUUUAUUAGUUUCAGAUUCUGAUGGAACAGAUUCGGAAUCUAAAACAUCAACAUUUCCAUUGCAUAUUGUGUGA